GAAAAAGUUUAUUAUAAACCUACCUAAGAAGAGUCGUUUGUCAGUGCCCAUUAUUCUCCAUCCUUCUUAGCCCUUGUCUUCUUCAUUGUCUCCUUUUUCUCACUUUAAGAUCUUUUUCGUUCUUAGCUCAUGACAAGUCACCAAAAUAUCUAAAAAAUUAUGAUUCCGAAGUACCAAGAAGAUGUCAAGCAGCCACGAGCGUGCGACCUGUGUCUGAACAAACACGCGGUUUGGUACUGUGCAUCAGACGAUGCUUUCUUGUGCCAUGUUUGCGAUGAAUCAGUCCAUUCUGCAAACCAUGUGGCGACAAAACACGAGAGAGUUUGGCUUAGAACAAAUGAGAUACAGAACAAUGUGCUCCAAGGAACAACAUCACACCCGGUUUGGCACAGUGGGUUCAGAAGAAAAGCAAGAACACUUAGGUCCCGGUGUGAGAAAAAAACACAACAGAAGAUAGAUGAUGAGAGAAGAAGAGAAGACCCUCGUGUUCCCGAGAUUGGAGGCGAAGCAAUGUUUUUCAUACCAGAAGCAAAUGAUGAUGAAAAUGAUACGACUUCUCUUGUGCCAGAGUUUGAGGAACUCACAGUCACAGAGAUGGGGUUCUUCUUGAGCAACCACAAUGGUACUCAAGAAACAACGAAACAAUUCAACUUUGAAGAUGAGAUUGAUGCAAUGGAGGAUCUAUAUUACAAUGAAGAAGAAAAAGCAGCUAAAACUAAUGGAGCUGAAGCAUGUCCUGGACAAUCUUUGAUGAGCUGCAAGAAAGCUUAUGACAAUGUCAUUGCGAUUUCAGCAAAGACAGAAGAAACUGAAGAUUACGAGGAUAAUGCAAGGCAGGGGAACAUGUUACUUAGACUGAAUUACGAAAAUGUUAUAGCAGCUUGGGAUAAACAAGAAUCUCCAAGAGAAGCAGCAAGAAACCAGACUGAGUUGUUCAACACAAGUAACUUCCAGCUAGUUCCUCCAGGGAUAGAGGAGAAGAGAGUAACCAGCAGAAGUGAGAGAGAAGCUAGAGUUUGGAGAUACAGAGAUAAAAAAAAGAAUCGUUUGUUUGAGAAUAAGAUAAGGUAUGAGGUUAGAAAGGUUAACGCGGACAAAAGACCGAGAAUGAAAGGUCGAUUUGUCCGAAGAUCUUUAGAUCCCGAGUCUUAGGUAUAUCACAUACUCUCAGUUUCUGCUUUGUGCGAAUUCUUGUCAAAUAAAAAAGACUACUGCAAAGACA